CUGAGGUCAGUGCAGAACUGAGAGAGAGAGAGAGAAGCACACAUUUGAGAGGAGAGUUUAUCGACGGAGACAGCGACACAAUCUUACAUUUAAAACAUUUGAGCUUGAAGGUUUAUUCUCAGCUUCUCACAAAACUGAGAACGACUGACUGAAAAUGUCAACUGCACUGAUACCACCUGAGGUCCAGGAAGGUCAGUUCCUGUUUGGCAGCUCCGCGUACACCGUACAGGAGUUUAUUGGAGAGGGCGCUUUCGGCAAAGUCGCCAAGUGCAAGAAUCUGUCCACCGAAGAGCUGGUGGCUGUUAAGAUCAUGAAGCCAACCAGGGAUCUGGAGAGGGACACUGAACAUGAGGUGUCAAUACUGGAGGCCAUCUCUGUGCUCCACCCUGACAAGGUGAAUGUGGUGAAGUUCUUUGAGAUGUUCAAAGAUAUGGUGUGGACAUGUCUUGUGUUUGAAAUGUUGGACAUGCAUCUCUACGACCUGAUUGAAGAACGAGAUGGAAAACCACUGUGUCUCCAGGAGAUACGGCCCAUAGCACAGCAGCUGCUGGUUGCCUUGGAUGCCCUAAAGAGUCUUGGGAUCAUCCACACUGACAUCAAGCCUGACAAUAUAAUGAUGGUCCACAAGCAGAGCCAGACCCUCAGGGUAAAACUUAUAGACUUUGGUGAAGCCAUGCUGGCCUCCGAAGCGGAGCCUACGAUGGAAGCUCAACCAAUCGGAUACAGGUCUCCAGAAAUUGCCCUCGGCUUGCCUUUCCAUGAAGCUAUAGAUGUGUGGGGGGUCGGCUGCAUCCUGGCCUUCCUCUACCUGGCUGAUCACCUCUUCCAGGUGCACUGCGAAUAUCAAAUGAUGAAGAGCAUGGUGGAGGUCCUGGGCCAGCCGAGGGACUGUCUGCUGAAUGCUGGACUCCUCACAAAGUUGUUCUUUUGUGAGAAGGAGAGUUCCUGGAGGCUCCUGAGACCUGUAGAGUACAGACUCGUCAGUGGGAUGUACGCAGAGGAGCACAUCAACAGAAUUGAGCAGCCCACGUCUCUGGAUGAUCUGGUAAAUUUCUACCCCAGAGAAAAAGCUGCUGAGUAUGUGGACAGGAAGGCUUUUGUGGACCUCCUUAAAAAGCUGCUGCAUCUUGAAGGGGAUCUCAGGAUCUCUCCCCAUCAAGCUCUGCAGCACCCUUUCAUAACAACGUCCCACCUGGUGGAGCAGUGCCACAGCAAAGCAUAUCUGACCACCGCCCAGUCCAUGAUGGACCUUUUGGAGGACUCAGCAGACCGAGUGAACACCCCUGCAGCCCUCAAACCUGAUCAAGGCUCGGCCACCGGAUCUUGCAGUCCCAGUGAUGAUGGGUCAGCCAACAGGUCCUUUAAGGGAACCACAGACCCUGUCUCCUUUGUGGAUGGUCCAGAGUCAGAUACAUCAGAUCAAGGCGUGUACUCUGACGAUGAUGACGAUUGGGCUCCUGAGGAAGUUCUGUCUUUAUUCCCUUUUGAUAAAGAUCAAGCUGCCCCCACUGAUGAUGAAGAAAUACAGCCUCACUCCAGAGAGGAGACCUCAUCCAAAGACACAGUCUCCUUUGAAAACGAUCCCACUUUGGGGUCCUCCUGUGAAGAAGAUUCAGCUGAUUGGUCUUCUGAUGACGAUUUGACCUGGGUCACCUAUGAUGAAGAUCUAGCUAUGUGGUCUUCUGUUGAAGACUUGACCUCCGUCACUUAUGAUGAAGACCUGGCUAUGUGGUCUUCUGAUGAUGAUGACGUGUCUUCCCUCUCCAGUGAAGAUUUAGCCUCCUUGUCUUCCCACAUUGAGGGACCACCUCCCAGCCUCCUUUCAUCGGAUGGAGCCUCCUCCAGAGACUCCUGGUCUGCAUCCUCGGCCUCCUCUGGUCGAAAGAGAAAAACUGUGAAGCGGAUUCAGAGAUUCUUCAGGCGUGGCGCUGAAACCUUUUGUUGUUGCUGCUGUGUGGAGGACUGAAACCUUCACAUGACAUCUGUUGUGUGUUAUUAAUGUGAUAAAAGUGUUACCUUGUUAACUAACAAUAAAACUAAGUGGAGUCAAUCUCUACAACAAAUA